AUGGUUGGUAACAAUACUGUGAAUAAUAUUAACACGCCUAAGAGGGUUGGUCCGUGACGAAGUACUAAUAAGUUGGUGAAGAUUAUGAAUGACAGGUUCUAUGAUUUGCCUUGUCCUGUAAACUUAAACGCUUGGUGAAGGUUUGGCUCUAUACUAGGCUUGUGCCUAAUUAUCCAACUUCUAAGGGGUCUUUUAUUGUCAACUCAUUAUACUGCUCAUGAAGACAUGGCAUUCGAUUCUGUAGUACAUAUUAUGCGUAAUGUGGAAAAAGGAUGAAUGUUGCGUAAUAUUCAUGCAAAUGGGUCCUCUAUGUUUUUUAUCUGUAUUUAUGCGCACAUUGCUCGUGGGCUGUAUUAUGGGUCUUAUUUAGAUAAGACAGUGUGGUAUUUUGGGGUGCAUUUGUUUUUGUUAACUAUGGCGGAGGCUUUCCUCGGUUACACUUUGCCUUGGGGGCAAAUGUCAUAUUGGGGGGCUACUGUUAUUACUAAUAUACUUAGAGUGAUCCCCGUAGUAGGAGAGAGUAUGCUCCGCUAUGUAUGAGGGGGUUGGACCGUGUGUAAUGCAACUCUAAAGCGGUUUUAUACUUUACACUUUCUCUUACCGUUUGUGAUAGUGGCGGUUGUUUUUUUACACCUGUUUUUUUUACAUGAGAAAGGGAGUAAUAACCCUUUGGGUAUUGAAAGAGGUACUAUGUGUGUGCCCUUCCACCCCUUCUAUACUAUUAAAGAUCUUUUUGGUUAUGUUUGCUUUAGGUUCUUUUUUAUAUAUUUAGUGUGUGUGGAUCCUGAGCUGUUAGGGAAUCAUUUAAACUAUUGGCCUGCUAAUCCUAUAAAAACGCCAAUCCAUGUUCAGCCUGAGUGGUAUUUUAUGUUUGCUUAUGCAAUCCUUCGUUCAAUUCCUCAUAAAGCGGGGGGGGUAUAUGUUAUGUUUUUGUCGAUUGUAGUAUUAUACCUAAUUCCUAGUCUUCACAGAGGUAAGUAUCGAAGUUUAUGUUUUUACCCGUUUAAUCAAGUAGUGUUUUGAGUGUUGGUUGGUAGGUUUAUUAGGUUAACAUGGAUUGGUGCUCGCCCAGUGCGGGAGCCUUAUAUCAUUUUGGGGCAGUGUCUUUCAGUCAUUUAUUUCUCUAGGUUGUUAUUAAACCCUCUUUCUUUGUGGGUGUGGGACAAGCUGCUUGAAUACCCUAAAUUCUGUAGGAGUCGUCCUGUAGACCUGAAAUGGUUUAAGUUUUUAGCUUAUUUCAAGUUAUUAAAAUUAGUAAAUCGCGAAAGUAGCGCACGUGAGUGGGCUAAUAAGUGUAGAAAAAUAUAAAUAUGUCUUUUUACGGGAGUCGAUAUUUUGGUGAUAUUGUCCAUGGGGAACUAGGGAAAGACCUGUUCCGGUACCAUGGUUUUGUGAUGAUAGUAGCAGUGGCUGUGUGUUGGUCUUUGUUAUAUAUAUAGGAUGCGUAAUCCUUCUUACUAAAUUUUCUUAUCGCCAUUUCUUGAACCGUCAACGAUUAGAAUUUUGAUGGACUAUUGUGCCAAUGUUGAUGUUAGUAGGGUUGUGGUUUCCUUCUAUAAUUAACCUAUAUUAUAUAGAAGAAGUAAAACGGCCCCGGUGAAAUUUUAAGGCGAUUGGGAAACAAUGGUACUGAUCUUACGAAUUUUGUCGCAAUUUAGACACUCCAAGCUCUAGAGAAAGCGCUGAAAGAAUUUCGUGUUAUACAAUUGAUUCUUACAUAGAAGACCAGCAGGAGACAUUUAGAAAAGGAGGGUAUCGUUUGUUGGAUGUUGAUAACCGGAUGGUGGCUCCAGCAGAUGUGCAAAUAACUGCUUUUGUAAGAAGGUCUGAUGUGCUCCAUUCGUUUGCACUCCCUAAGUUACUAAUUAAAGUAGAUGCCAUCCCAGGUCGAAUUAAUCGGCUUCCUAUAAAAGCUUCCCAGUGUAGAAUUAUUUAC